AUGGCUGCAGGCCAGCCUCCUACCUCUGAACUCAGUAUAAGGUUAAUCAGCAAAAGCAUCGUCAAGGCAGCAAACUCCAACGCACCGCUCUCUGUGAUCCCGGUCUCCAACUUCGACCACCUCUCCGGCCGCUAUCCGGUCACCAUCUUCUAUGCCUACCGCAAGCCAUCCACCGGCGACUUCAACUCCGUCGUCAAUGCCAUCAAAACCUCUCUCGCAGAGACCUUGAAUUACUUCCUCCCCUUUGCGGGACGGAUAGUCCCUAAUCCUGAGACUGGCGAGCCGGAGAUUCUAUGCAAUAACGAAGGCAUCGAGCUGAUCGAAGCUUCGGCCGAUGUCUCAAUAACCAGCCUCAACUUCCAUGACCUGAACGACUCCGUAAAGAGAGUCAUGCUCCCGUUGCCGACCGAGAUUCCUCUAAGCGUCCAGGUGACUGGUUUUGCAUGCGGGGGCUUCUCCAUGGUUUGGAGCUUCGACCACCUUCUGGCCGACGGUGCUGGCUUCAUCAAAUUCUUGCACUUGUGGUCCGAGCUGGCCCGAACUGGGCGAAUUCCGGUGACGCCGAACCACGACCGGUCAAUUUUCCGUCCCCGGUCCCCUCCCAGCUACGGCCCGUUGCUUGACCGGACGUUCACUGGAUGCAAGUUGCAUGAUGUCUUGGCGAUGCCGCGGAACGACAUCUCUCUCAAGCGUGCGUACUACAUCCAUGGAUCAUGCAUCGAUCGCCUUCAAGCAGCUGCGAGUAAAGGUGGUGGAGUCGAGAGGACCCGGACCGAGGCUAUCUCAGCUUACCUCUGGAAACUCUUGGCCAGGUCCCUCGGGGAGACCGAUACCGGGUGCAAGAUGGGGUGGCUCGUCGACGGGCGCCCCUGGAUGCGCUCAGAACCGGAUGGAGACCUGUCGAACUACGUCGGGAAUCUUGUGUCGAUGGCGGUCGGGGAGGCGAGCGCGGGGGAGUUGAAGGAAGGAUCCCUCUCGUACGUGGCGGAGAUGGCAGCCCAGGUGAUCGAAGAGGUGAAGAACAAGGCUCAUUUCUUGGAGCUGUUGGACUGGAUCGAGUGCCGUCGGCCGGAGAUGGUGCUGGCGAGGAUUCUGCUGGGUCUUAAGGGGCCGGCGGUGGUGGUGUCGUCGUGCCACAACAUGCCAGUGAUGGCUACUGACUUCGGAUUUGGGUCUCCAAGGCUCGGUACGUUCUACACGGUGCUGGAUGCCAUUGGAGCUGGCUAUGUGAACCUAAUUUCCAGUGGAAGGGAGGACGGCUCCUCGUUCGUCUUUGCCUUCAUAUGGCCGAGGUUGGCGUUGGAGCUUGAAUCGGAUCCUGAGCAAGUCUUUCUGCCCGUUACUGCGGAUUAUAUUGGUCUAUAA